GAAAAACAAUCCAAAGACAUAAAAUAUCUGCGUAUGUAAUUAUUUGUGCCAAACAACAUGGGACAUAACGCCCACAGGUUUUACCCCCUCUAUAAAUUAAUAACUUUCAGUCUUUCACUUCAACUCCAUCAAGAAACUUCAAACUGCCAAACAAAGCAUUUCUUUCAAAUUUCAAUCACCAAAAACAAUCCCAAAUUAAGUCUUUUCACUUCUUGAUUCCUAUUCCAAUGGAUGUCUACAUAUCUGAAGAGUAUGUCAACCGCAGGAGAAUGGAGAAAAAAGCUGCAGCUGUUGCCGGAAAGAAUCUGAGGUUCGGCUUUUGUGCAUGCGAUAGACUGGAGAAGAGAAAAAGCAUUCCUCAGAUACCAGAACCUCGGCCGGAGAAUGAGUUUCGGGUCACCCGCGGUGGUGUUUAUGAGAGUUGUGUUUUCCAAUGCUUCUCGCCGUAAUAACCAGAGCGUUCGCGUUUAGUGAUUCAAACGUACGUAGACGCAGUUGCAUAUGCAUGGGCUGUUAUAUUAGCUGUAGCUCUUGUAUUUGUAUUUCUUGGUUUUUAACCUUUUCAUGCUACUAAUAGUGUAUUUAUAGCGGGGUUUUUAAUAACUACGAGUGUGUUUAUCCAUAAACUACAACAAUGUAUAAUUAAUAGAUUCUAGAUAGCUAAA